AUGCUAACCGCGGCGCUCUGGCACCGCAUCUUCCGCCUGCUGCUGCACAGCCGCGUCUGCCUCGCCUCGCCGCCGCACCUCCCCACCAGCCUCUACGGCUGCUCCUCGGGCUGCAAGGCGCGCGCACAAGCACCCGCGGACGGCGCAGAGAGCGGGCAGCAGGGGGUGGAGUUUACGAGGGAGGGAGCAACGGCGUGCUGGCUGCAUGCGAGGAACGCGCGGGUUUAUGGCUCGUCGUGGGCUCUGCUGUGCUGCGGGCUCGCCAGCAAGAGGCUGCUGCACCACGUCGUCUCCUUCGCUCCCUGCCCCAUCCUUGCCCAACCUUCCCCCAUUCCUUUCACCUUUCCUACCCGUACGUCUCAUUUUCCGUACGCCCUCGGUUUUCGUGCCCUCACCAACCCAACUUUACACCCGUCCCCCACCCACCACCAGGGCGACAGCAACCCCAUUUCCCUGCACCUCUCGCUCGCGAAGCCCCUGUGGACCAACAGCGUGCUCUGGUUCCUCUCGUACGCCCCCGCGCUGCCCGCCCUGCGCCUCUCCUUCGGUUGCCACUCCCUCAUCCCCCUCAUCCACCGCCGGGCCCCCUCCUUCCCCUCCUCCGCGCUCACCUCGCUCCACCUAACCCUCUCACGAAGGGCCCGCGACGACGAAGACUUAUACGUGCCGGCAAACUGGAAGCUCAACUUUCUCGCCCCCUGCACCAACCUGCACUCCCUCUCUCUCGGCCUAGGCGCAUGGCGCCUGGACAAGUCCUGUGUGAAGGCUCGCUGGAUGCGCUCCCUACGGAGCCUCACCCUAGAAGGUGUGGAUCCCAGGGGUGUGUGCUUGAAAGCCCUGGCAGACCUCACCCCGCAGCUGCAUGAUUUCACGUUCUGCGAGCCACAGCAUCUGCAGGAGUGGGGGAAGACGUCGGGGCCUGUGUUCCUUGCCCUAGACUUCCCCAAUGCUCGCCGCGUCUGCUUCCGUUUCCUGCAUCACGAGCUGAAGCUGAAGCUCUCUCUGCCUGCCGCUUUCCACACCUUUUCCGCCUGCGCUGAGGCGCUCAUACUCAACUGCAGUAGCAGCGCCGCCUUGAGCCUGGAGCAGCUGUUGCUCUACUCGAAAGAGAGCCUCCGUGUUUCCUCGUUUGACGUCGCUUCGGUCCGCGCUCUCUACCUGAAUGCUCCGAUCAAGCUGCUGCCGAGCCGCGCACCGCAAGCGCAGAGGACGGGAGCGCGGGACGGGGUGGUCUACAACCUUGGCCCGCCGCCAUUUUCGUGGGCAGGUUGGCUGCGCGCACUAGCGCCAACAGUGGAGGUGCUUAUAACGAGGCAUGACAUCAACCUGGAGUCGAUCGGCCUUGCCUGGCCGCGUCUGCGGAGCCUGGGGGUUGUGGUAGAAAGCGACUUUGACGUGGGGGGGCUUGUGCGCGGGGAGAUCACAGUAGAGGAGGCUGAGGAGGCGGAGGAGGAUGACUUGGUGCUGUGGAAGCGGGAGAAGCGGCGCAUGAAGAGGCGCGAGGAGCGCAGGAAGCAGCAGGAGCACAUUCGCCGCGGCCGCACGCGCUUCCACGCAGGCCCGUUCGGUAAGAAGGUGGCGGCAGGGGCUGAUGAUGGCGAUGGCACUGAGGUUUCUGCCCGUGCGGCUGCAGCAGGCUCGGACAGUGAGGAGGAGGAGGACGAGGAGGAGGAGCAAAACGAGUAUGCUGAUAACGAGUCGGAGGGCCGGGAAGGCUUCCCUCUGCUUCCGUUUCUUGAUGCUCCGAAUCUGCACGCUCUCUUCUUCCCCACCCGCUACCGGAUACCCGCCAGCUUGCUGGGUGAGGUCAAGGCGAGGUACCCCUUGUUAGCGCUGUUCUGCGUUGCAUGGGACACGUGGUAUUGGGAGAGGAAGGGCCGAGUGGUGGAAGGAGGAGGGCCGGUGCAGCACAGGAGGCAGCCGCGGGGAGCGAAAAAAGCCCCGUCGUAUCGCAACGGGCGGAAGACCGUGCGGGACAAGAUGCACAGUGUGAAUGGGGGGUUGGUGGCGGGGUAUAGUUUGGGCGAAGAGGAGGGGUACAUGGUGAAUAAGAAGCAGUGGUCGGCGGCUCUUUGUGACGAAGACAUGCCUGAGAUUGAGCUUCCUGAGCCUGACGCUCCCUUUAGUGAAUUGGAUGACCGUCUGGGCGGUGAGGAGGAUGAGGAGGAUUCGGAGGACGAGUGGGUGUGGGGAGUGGAGGGAAUGGAAAUUGGUAGCAUCUGA